UCCGUAGUACAAAAAAAUCAUAGCAACAAGCCGCUUGUCUCUUGAGUGUAAACAAAGAAAAGCAGUAAGCAUCCAUGUGUUGUGAAUAUAUGUCUAGACCAUUAAUUUCGACAGUUGAAAAUGUAAAGCUGGGCACUGAGGCUAUUUUACUGCACGUCGCACGAGUUUGAACUCAAAGGGAAAACUUUAUGAAAGCAGAAUGUCCGCAACUUUCCGUGGGAAACCUGCAACACAGAAAGCUAAAGCCGAACCAGCACUAAGAGUGACUUUAGAAUCCCAGGUUCCUGUACGUAAGCCUGUGGCAAAGCCCAGUGAUCAACUCAACCCAAAGACGGUGGAUCCUUUCUGUGGUCCAGGGAAGACACAGUCAGCAUUUUCAGCAGUGUACUCCAAAGGGGGCAUACCCUGCAGACUGGUUCAUGGAUCUGUCAAACACAAGUUGCGGUGGGAAAUUCCUCCAGCAUCCAUUGAUUUUGAUCCUUUACUUGUGACACUUGCUGAGGGGCUGAGAGAGACUAAACAUCCAUACACGUUUGUGUCACAAGAGGGCUUUAGAGAGUUACUCCUUGUUGAUGGUGCAGCUGAAAAGGCUAUACCCUUGCUUCCAAAACUGGUGCCAGCACUAAAAACAGCUCUGACACACAAGGAUGCUGAGGUCUUUGAAAGAGGGUUGAAUGCCCUGGUUCAACUAAGUGCUGUUGUUGGUCCUGCUCUGAAUGACUUUCUUAAACAUAUACUCACCAGUCUUUCAAAGAGACUGAUGGACAAGAAAUACAAAGAGAAGGUGAUCAGUGCAUUACAAAGUCUAGAGGAGCAUGGGGGAAAGGCAAGUUUUGCUGUUAUAAAAUCCAAAAUUCCAACUUACAGCUCUGUUUGCUCUUGAUGGACAUCUGGGAUGAACUGACUGAUAUUUUUGGAAAAUUCCAGGCUGCAUUGUGACUGGUUAAUUUUUAACACUUUUUUGGGUAUUUUUGUCUUCAUGUUUUGUUGAGCUGAAAUGUAUACUGAAUUGUUUUGUUGUACAUUUAGGAUAUCAGCUUUAUCCUAAAUGAUUACCUUCCCAUAGAAAGGAUAGAAGAGUUAUAUGAAAAAUAGAUAUGAAAGAGGAUAAAGUUUAGUAUAGUUUGAUACUGAUUUGCACUGUUUGUAAAUAGUAUUUUAAUAACAUAAACACAACAAAAUGGUUUAUAAUAUUUUUUAAUCCAUAAACCAUGUUAUUAUUCUUGCAAGAAAUAAAAUCUUAGAAUAACUGUAUAUAAUCAUACAUUGCAUUACUUAUAAAACCCAAAACACACCAUGUAUAUUAGCAGAAUGUGAACCCAUAUUCUCUCUACCCAUAGAAUCUAGAGUAGACCAAUGUUCCUAAAACAUUUUGGCCUACGGAAUGCUCAAACGAUUCUAAAACUUUCACAGACACCUCUGCUCCCAAUAAUAAUAAAAAUACUUAUAGUGCCAUAAUAUUUUUAAAAUGUAGCUAUUCGGGUUCCUUUUUAAGGAGAGCAUUUAGAUAUUUUUCUACUAUUACAUUUAACUCAUUUUCUGACCUGUUUUGAUUAAUAGUGCUAUUUCUGAUGAAACACCAACAAAGGGAAGUUUCUUUAAAAUGGAGAGCUUAAAUCUCAUAUUUGACUCCAUGUUCAGCCAGGGUUUGUCUUAUUUUGCUUACAAAUCUAGGAAGUGUUAAAAAUACAGUUUUGCCUUUGUAAGUUGUUGUAAGUGCUUCAGAGCUAUGUCAAUGAGCCCAGGGUACUCUGUACUAAUGCACAAUUAGUAAACUAUCAAUCUUGAUAGUAAUCUAUCACGUUUUCUCACUGAAUAUCAGCUCCAUAUGGCCUCAAGAUUAUCCACCUCUUUCGGUGGAUGCUCAACAUUGAUCUCCUUCUUUCCAAACGGUGUUCUGAUCCAAGUAAAGCCUGCAUCUGAUUCUGGGAAAUAAUAAAAUACUCUGCAAUCCACAGGCGCAUCACAGUUCCAUGUGUUAAGCUAUUUACUUUAUUCUGGACAUUAAAGUUGCUAAAAAUAUUCCCUGGAAAUCAGAAUAUGAAAAAUAUCAGAUAAGUAUGCUGGUUGAGCAAACAAUUCACCCAUUCACCGGUGGGUUGAUUUUCGUCUCUUUGCAUAGUUUGAAAAUGAGGGAGAGUGGGUUCCUCUGUGACAGCCAGGUGACAUCAGUAUGGAAAAUAACUUUUAUGUGUUCACUGCCCAUCAUUUCAUACAAGGCUUUAAAAAUGCAAAUAUAUACUGUAUGUCAGAUAUACAGGUAUGUGUGUAUACCAGACACAUUAUAUAAGGUUAGUAUUAUCCACUAUAUUAGUGGAUUUGUUCAUUUGGAGAGAAAAGUAUUGGCUCUGAUGCUGUCAGGCCUAUGGAUUUGAUUUCAGUUUUCACCUUGAAUUUGAUACUAAAUGGUAUCCUUUAAAAGAGGUAUCUUUUACCUGAACUCAUUUUCCCAUUUAGCAUCAUGAGUUCAAUAUUAUUCUGUCCAACACAAAAGGUGAAGACAUAGGCAUUAUUUCUGGAUUGAUCAGUAGUUGUACUGGCCCACAGACUGUCUGGAGGACCAUCCAGGGUCUUGAUAGUGGUCCCAGUAAAACACAUUGGGAACUACUGGUCUGGAAGAAGAAUAGUAAACAAAUAGAAAUAGAAUAGAAUAGAAAAAAUAGAAAACAAAAGAAAUAGACUUAAGGAUAUUAUUAAAGAAAAUGAUACCUCUGACCCUUUUCAAAAGAUCGCAAAAUUACAAGUUGGCAUUGGUGGUGUCACUGUGGAAGUGUCCAAACUAUAGUGGUGUUUCCUUGACUUACUUUGUGUAAGUAAGCUUUUACUUUAUUCUGGACAUUAAAGUUGCUAAAAAUAUUAAUUGUGCUAAAAUAUUAAUUAUCCCUUAAUUGUGAGAAAAUUCAUAUAAUUGUUUGGGUGUCAUACGCAGUGGAAAGUAAUCAGUAACAGUAAUUUUACCUUAUUUUGUCUUAUGAGCAUAACACAAAGGUCUCCGUGUAGAGAUUCUUUCUUAAUACUGCUUAUUAUGGAAUAUUGUAUGACUUUUGUUGUAAACUAAACUUAGUUUCCGUACGAUUUGUUUGAUCAAUAAUGGGUUAUCCUCUCUGAAGACGUGUUACUUUGUAAAAAGUAAAAAGUUGUUUUGGUAUUCAGAAAAACACAUUCUAAAACAGUAAAGACAGGAUAGAAAUCUGCAGUACUGAAAUGUGUUGCAUUGUGAGCUAUAGAAUUUUUGCACCGCUAAGUUUCAUCUGGGAAUAAACAAGGCAAAUUAUGUGAUGAGCUGAAAUAUUUAUGAGAUCUGUUGUGUGGGUUGGGUUUUCUCUGUGUGUUUUCUGCAGAUAAUUUUGAAUUAGUUGUGAUGUGGAUUACAUGAUCAUCCUGCACAAGUUUAUCCCCAAUGAAACUAAGAUUGUCAUAGCACUGUCACCACUAGAUGUCGCCCUUGUUCUAUACGGCCCUUUGGAAAUGCUGGUGAAUCAGCUUAGUUCACAUUUCCACUUUACAUUUGUUCAUAUAAUGUAAAACCUGUUUCCAAGAUUGUAAAUUUAUGCUGGUACAGUUUAGAGCUUUUUCCCAGCAUGCAGUCUAUAAUUAGCAUGGUGUGCCAUUUAUAAUCCAGUGCAGACCUGUUUGUUUUUCUUGUUCUUUAUAAAGAUAGUGGGGCCUUCUUGAAUGCAAUUACAGUAAUUACAUAUUAGUCUUAAUAUUGAGUGAUAUUGGAUAUGUGGAUUUCAUUGUGAAAUCAUAAAACUGUAGAAUUAAGUUUUAAAAAAUUUAUGUGUGACCAACUUGAGCUUUACAAUGUAAAAGUAGGUCACAGCUGUAAAACUGUUUAUUCUCUAAAAACAAAGCAAAACAAAUCUGUCCCACCACAACUGAGCCAUGAUUUUCCAUUUUUAGACACUUAAUGGUGCAGUCGCUAUGGCAGUAAAGUGUAGUACCACAUAUUCAGAAAUGUGAUCUCUUUAUCAAAACUUUCCAACCAGUACACAUCUGUACUUAAGGUAAAUAAAACACUGAGAUUGAUUUUAUUGGCACUUA